GCGAAGGAAGCGUCACUAUUCCUAUUCCUCGUUCUAACGGCGACCGACACACAACCGGCAGGCGCGCCAGACGAAUGACAAGGCAAGUCCGAAUAUGUGGUUAUUCAUCUCCUCUCUAACCUAGACUAGCCUAUAUCUAUAAGAUACAUUAAUUUAAGUUCAAUAGUCCUUUUGGAAGACAAAAAGGCUUUCAACGACAGAAAGCAGAACAGAAGAGGUAGCGUAUUUGAUAGCGUCGCAUCAUCUCCUUGUUUUGUCUCCAGCUGCGCUCCACUCGAACGCCCGAACAUCAGUUCCGUUCCAUCCAGAAUGUUGUCCACUGAAUGAAGAAUCCUUGACACCCUGCGGUGCUGCUCAUGUGUUUUGGGUUUCUGACGGACCGUUCUGACUUCUUGAGCCGUAUUCUUAUAAACCGGACCGCUAAACAUUCGUCAUUCUGACAUUGAGUGGAGCGGACCGGAGUCAGAGACUGACUGGAAAUACAUUUUGCCCUCACAAUCAUCGUAACGCAUGGUGGGAAUUUUGCCUCUUUUCAGUAUCACACUGAGAAGUGCUCAACUAUGCCCGACUCACCUGCGGAUGUGAAAACACAAUCCAGGUUAACUCCAUCCACCAUGCCUCCUCCUCCUUCAAGCACCCAGGGAGCCCCUCGAACCAGCUCCUUCACCCCGACUACAUUAACCAACGGCAACAACAACCACUCCCCCACGGCGUUGAACGGAGUGCCUUCGCCACCCAACGGCUUCAGCAACGGCCCUAGCUCCUCCUGCUCCUCCUCGCUGGCCAAUCAGCAGCUCCCGCCGGCGUGUGGCGCCCGACAGCUUAGCAAGCUCAAACGCUUCCUCACCACACUACAGCAGUUCGGCAACGACAUCUCGCCCGAGAUCGGAGAACGCGUCCGCACGUUGGUGCUGGGGCUGGUGAAUUCCACGUUAACCAUAGAGGAAUUCCACUCCAAGCUGCAAGAAGCGACCAACUUCCCUCUCCGACCUUUUGUCAUCCCGUUCCUGAAGGCCAACCUGCCACUCCUACAGCGGGAGCUGCUGCACUGUGCCCGUCUGGCCAAGCAGAACCCAGCUCAGUACCUGGCCAAACAUGAACAGCUCCCCCUGGACACCUCCUCCACCACCUCCCCCGUCGACUCCUCAGAACUACUCCUAGACCUCAACAACAACGGCAAGAGGAGAACACCUGACAGAAGCAAAGAGAAUGGCUUCGACAGGGAGGGCCCCCUGCACCUGGAGAACCCCAGUAAGAGAGCCUGUACGAUCAGCCCGGCAGGCCAACGGUUCAGCCCCUCCAACGGUCCCCUCCCAUACCAACCUAACGGCCUGGCCCAUGGACACCCUACCCCGCCCCUGCCCCCACAGCAUUUCCGGAUGGACGACAUGGCCAUCACACACCAUUACAGAGACUCACCACACUACCGCCACCCCAACCACAACCACCGCGAGCUCAGAGAGAGACCACGGCCACUGGGGAUGCACGGGGCUCGUCAGGAAGAGGUGAUCGACCACCGGUUGACAGACAGAGAAUGGGCGGAGGAGUGGAAGCACCUUGACCAUCUGCUGAACUGCAUCAUGGACAUGGUAGAGAAGACGCGGCGUUCUCUCACCGUGCUGCGGCGCUGCCAGGAGGCCGACAGGGAGGAGCUCAACUACUGGAUCAGACGAUACAGCGACGCAGAGGACCUGAAGAAAGGAGCCAGCAGGACCCAGAGCAGACAGCAGAGUCCUGCAGGACAGGAUAACUACACUACAGAGAUUCACCAGGAGCUUCUCCACCGGCCUGUGACGACCGGAUACAUACCUGAAGAGAUCUGGAAGAAAGCCGAAGAGGCUGUGAAUGAGGUGAAGCGCCAGGCCAUGUCAGAGCUCCAGAAGGCGGUUUCGGAGGCGGAGAGGAAGGCCCAUGAGAUGAUCAGCUCGGAACGGUCCAAGAUGGAGCAUACGGUGGCAGAAGCCAAGAGACAGGCAGCGGAGGACGCACUGACUGUCAUCAACCAGCAGGAGGACUCCAGCGAGAGUUGUUGGAACUGCGGGCGGAAAGCAAACGAGACCUGCAGCGGCUGCAACACGGCGCGCUACUGCGGCUCCUUCUGCCAGCACAAGGACUGGGAGAAACACCACCACGUGUGUGGCCAGACCCUCCAGACCUCCCAGACCCUCCAGACCUCCCAGACCCUCCAGACCUCCCAGACCCUCCAGACCUCCCAGCAGCAGGGACAGGGUACAGAGACCUCCGCUCCCAUCAGCUCCACUCCGCCCUCUAGUGGAGGAGGCAGCCCAGCCGGAACCCCGCCCGCUGCCACACCCCGCUCCGCCACCCCAGGAACCCCCUCGACGCCGGAAACCACGCCGCACUAAACCGGGAGCCACGGGGAGCCAUCGGAAACUCCCGGUACCCCAACAUGACUGGCUCACUUCCCUCGCUUGAUGCUAAAUGCUAAGGCGCUAACGCUACAAAGAGAGAUGUAGACUGUAGACAACACAGGAGGUGCAUACAUGUAUAUCAGUCAUAUUGACUUGCCAUGAUUAACUAAGAACACAAAAAUGUUAUUUGUUUUAAUUAUUAUAAUGAUUAUUAUUGUUAUUAGCGUCCGUUGUCGUCUGUUCGUUGUUGUUGUUGUUGUUGUUGAUUGUUAUUCUUUCAUUCCUUUUUUUCAUGUAAAUAUGAACAUUGAAAGUGAGCGGACUACAGCGGUGAAACUCCAGACAAAUACAUCUGACCUCCCCUUUGUUUAGUUGUGUUUUCUAAAUGCUUUGUUGUUUUCCUGUACUACCUGGGAUAUGAUAUGAAACUAGUUGACCUCAUGAAGACACUUUACCAAACAACAUACCAAUGGAAUAUUACUACAACAGAAACGCUGUUGAAAAAGCAGACGCCAACUCUCUUAUUAUGGGAAGACCACAAAUACAAAGAACAGACAGACAGACAGACAGACAGACAGACAGACAGACAGACAGACAGAGAGAGAGAGAGAGAGAG